GGACGGAUUAAUUAGCGGUUGCUCUUAACAAAGCGAAAAACUCAAAACUCUACAGAUACAUUGUUCGAGGACAGAAAGUUUAUUCAGUUCAUUCAGUUUAUUCUGUUUAUUCUGUUUAGACCGAGUUUUCACAGUGUGUCUACAAUCCACUUGAUCGUGUCUUCAUCACCGUCUUCUACAGACUUUGGUGGAGGUGUUGAAACGGUGGAUUUCCCCCUCCCUAUCACCACUGUCAGCAUCUCGACUUCAUCGUUGUUCGCCAGGUGCAUCGAUGUAGAAGAAGCUGGAAAAGUGGAUUUACCCCCAACUACCUUUCCGGUGAACUACUACUGUCCGCUGUGGGCUUUUUAGGAGGACACGCCGAUGUGGUAAUUGUUCCGAACGCUGAAACGUCUGUUCAGUACCCUGGACCGUUAUCCUUAUCAGACGACAUAAGCAGCGUUUGGUUACAAACAGAAGGAGACGAGGAGAGUGUUGUAGCUGCUGAAAACAACAUAGCAGCAAUGGAUUUUGUUCUUCCAAAUGGUGUGUUGUCUUCUGAGAUUGUUCAGCAUCCUGGACCCUCCUCAGAAGCCAUAAACAGUGUUUGUUUUGAAGAAGAAGGAGGAGACGAGAACGCUGAAAACAUCUCAUCAGGGAAAAAAACAGCAAAAUCCAUUAAAAGAAGAAUUGCAAAAUUUUUCUGUACAAUGGGGAAGAAGAUCAAGAGCCCUUUUGUUCACUGCUUCGGUAGGAACAAAGUGGUAUCUUUCGUACCCUCCCCAGAGCUGAAUCCGGGGAAGGCCAGUGAUGAUCUGGUCAAAUCAGAGAUGAAGUCCAGUUCCGGGAUGAAGGCUGAUGAUGAUAUUUCUCAUCCCGUGGCAAAGGCAGACUAUGAUCUGCUGAAUACUACAAAGCCUGAGGAUGUAUCGUCUGCCCCCCAGCAUUUCACUGGCACUUCUUCCGUCAGUAUUCCUCAGUUUGUCAUCCCGAGGGCAGAUACCAGUCUGCAUAUUGUGGAUUUUAGCGAAGACGAUUCAGUCGAUACUGUGCUGAAUGCUCGCACCAAUCCUGCCAAUCCCAAGCCAAAGAAGCCAACCUCAUCUACUACCGAUGAGGUGCUUGGGGCGAUUGGCUUUACCAGCAGGAUGUACCCAAAAAGCCACGAAUCUGAUGACAAACGGGGUUUCAUUAAUCCAUGUGAACCCAAGGAGAAGACGGACACCAUCCCUGGCAAUCCCAAGCCAAAGAAGCUAACCUCAUCUACUAGCGAUGAGAUGCUUGGGACGAGUGGCUUUACCAGCAGGAUGUACCAAAAAAGCCAUGAAUCUGAUGGCAAACAGGGUUUCAUUAAUCCAUGUGAACCCAAGGAGAAGACGGACACCAUCCCUGCGAAUCCCAAGCCAAAGAAGCUAACCUCAUCUACUAGCGAUGAGGUGCUUGGGGCGAUUGGCUUUACCAGCAGGAUGUACCCAAAAAGCCAUGAAUCUGAUGGCAAACAGGGUUUCAUUAAUCCAUGUGAACCCAAGGAGAAGACGGACACCAUCUCUGCCAAUCCCAAGCCAAAGAAGCUAACCUCAUCUACUAGCGAUGAGAUGCUUGGGGCGAUUGGCUUUACCAGCAAGGUGUACCAAGAAAGAGAAGACUCCGAUGGCAAACAGGUCGCCAUAAAGCAAGUUUGGGAAUGGAAACAUAAUCCUUACACUGAUAUUAAGGUUAACAACAAUUCAAAUGAUGCCAAUUUUAAGACUGGCACCAUUCCCAAGACAAAGGGUUUUAUUAAUCCAUAUGAACCCAAGGAGAAGAUGGACGCCAAACCCAAGCCAAAGAAGCCAACCUCAUCUACUAGCGAUGAGGUGGUUGGGGCGAUUGGCUUUACCAGCAAGGUGUACCAAGAAAGAGAAGACUCCAAUGGCAAACAGGUCAACAUCAAGCAAGUUUCAAAAUGGACCGGUAACCCUUGCAUUAAUAUUAAGGCUGACAAUAAUCCAGGCAAUGCCAAAUUAAAGACUGGCACCAUUCCCAAGGCAAAGGCUGGCACCGUUGUUGGCAAUCCAGUUCGAAAACCUAUUGCUAUUCCCUGUGGUAUCAUGGUGAAGGCAGACCCCAAACCUGCCAUCCCCAAAAAGACGGCUGUUUUUCAUGAGCGUGGUAAGAAGUUAAAGGCAGACCCCAAACCUGCCAUCCCCAAAAAGACGGCUGUUUUUCAUAAUCGUGAUAAGAAGGUGAAGGCAGUAACCAAACCUGCCAUUCCAAAGAAGACAGCUGAUACCGAGGUGAAAGCAUAUAGCGAGGAGAUCAAUGCGGCACACAGAACCUUGUGUCAUGAUUAUUGUAUUGAUACAGAUAAUCCGCUUGGUAAAGGUAGCUUUGGCGCUGUGUUUCCGGGGACCAGUAAAGCCGAUGGCAAACCGGUUGCUAUCAAAUUUGUGAAACGAAGGCAACCAAACCGUUACUUUAUCAUGCCUGGAUCUGGAAUGGUUCUCACAGAACUAGUAGUGUUGCACACAUUAAAGGAGGAUCCAAACCCUCAUGUGAUCAAACUUUAUGACAGCUAUGAGGAUCCGGAUUACUUCAUACUCGUCAUGGAGCGGCCUGAUCCUUGCAUGACCUUGAAUGAGUUUAUUAAACUUCAACGAGGUCUGCUGGAAUCAACAGCACGCAUCCUAAUGCGUCAGGCAGUCAUGGCUGUAAAACAUUGCUUUAAGCAUGAGACUUUUCAUACUGACCUCCACGCUGGCAACUUCCUCGUGGAUAAAAACAACAUGCUGCUGAAGCUGAUCGACUUUGGGUGCUGUGACCGAUUAAGAGACACGGCCUAUGCAUAUGAAGAGUAUUUGGGGGCACCGGCUUAUCGGCCACCUGAGGUCCGCAACAGGGGCAGAUACCACGCCAUGUCAAGCAGUGUCUGGUCUCUGGGAACUCUGCUCUAUUAUAUGGUUAAUGUAAACUUGCCCUUUCCCAAAUAUGGGCCAGUAACUGAAGGCAUGAUAAACCACGAGAAUGACUAUUUAACAAAGCGAAAAAACCCAUCAAAAUCCAUUUAAAGAAAAAUUACAACAUUUUUCCAGACAUUGGGGAAGAAGAUAAAGAGCCCCUUUUGUUCACUGCUUCGGUAGGAACAAAGUGGUACCUUUCGUACCCUCCCCAGAGCUGAAACCGGGGAAUCCGGGAAGGCCAAUGAUGAUCUGGACAAUUCAGAGAUGAAGACCAGUUCCGGGAUGAAGGCUGAUGAUGAUAUUUCUCAUCAUGUGGCAAAGGCAGACUAUGAUCUGUUGAAUACUACAAAGCCUGAGGAUGUAUCGUCCGCCCCCCAGCAUUACACUGGCACUUCUUCCGUCAGUAUUCCUCAGUUUGUCAUCCUGAGGGCAGAUACCAGUCUGCAUAUUGUGGAUUUUAGCGAAGACGAUUCAGUCGAUACUGUGCUGAAUGCUCGCACCAAUCCUGCCAAUCCCAAGCCAAAGAAGCCAACCUCAUCUA